AUGUCGUCCUCUCUUUCGUAUAGCGGCAGCAUGGCCUGGAACACGGGGCUCGAUGCUUUGGAGUCCUCUUCGGUUCGUCGAUAUGAACGCAGCGGAGUCGCAAAGAGCGGUCAUGUCUCUCUGAAGCAGGAGAUCGUGAUGGGAGAGAGUGUCGUCAUGCAAAGGCCGUUCAGGCCCUCAGUCGAAGUGAGCAGACGCAGAGAAGCUGCUGUACCAAGCGAGAGGCCUACGGAAACGAAAGGCACAGACGCGCCGGGAGAGACACUCUCCUGUCUUUGUUCCCUGGAACCGAGUGCUUUCCCCGGUUACCUGGACGCCACGAAGCGAUACGGAGAAGAAGCAAAGAGGGACAACAAACUGUUCGAAACAGUCGCCAUCUUUCGCGAGGCGUCUUCAGCCUCCAAGGAUGGCUUUCGCUUUGCGGAGGUUAUGGCAGAUUCGGGAAGCACUGCUGCGGAAGGCGCAGCCUUCCGGCAAUCAGGUACCGCUUUCCGGACGGAAAACGUGGACCAACCCUCUGAAAGGUGUUUGCCGCCAACAAUCCUUGAGUCAUCGGCCACAUGCACAGAGAACACCAAAACGCUGACGGCUGAGAUGUGUGCAGUCGUCGAGAGGUCUUGUCUGAGGGCCGAUGCGUCUUAUGGAUGCGGCAACUCUCUGUCGAGUUCAGUGUUCGGUCCAGCUCUGGUAGAUACUGGACGCAAAAUAGAAGAGGAAAUUGAACAAGAAAAUCGCGCCCAACACGACUACGGGUUAUUUUGUGAGGAGAGACAGAACGCGUCAAACGAGGGGCUUUGUAGUUUCGGAGAAGACCGAGAGUGCGAGUCGGAAACGAAGGGCGGAACAGAACUUUCUGUAUCCGCUUGCUGGCGACGCACAACCUCUCCGGCCUCGAGUCCAGACUCUGGUGACUUCUGGGACGACUUGGGAGACAGAGAAGCUACUGAGACGACAUCGCCAGGUGAAAGGGACGUGACGGAGCCGAGUAUGGAAGAGACGGACGAGGAAAAACAAGUCGAACAAAGCGACAAAGCUACAGAGGAUACCCUGGAGUGCAGAGUUCGUGAGAACGAGCUGAAACCCAAAAGCGAAGACCAGCAUCACACCGGAGCGCGAAGGCGAUUCCAAUUAUCGAACACGGAAUGUGCGAGUCCGAAGGUUUGCCAAGCGCGCAUUCGUCAUCCUGAAAUUGCAGCGAAGACGCUGCAGCGGCGCUGGCGAGAGCAUUUCAUGUCGGCGGCGCUGGAGUUUGAGGCUCUGGUCCGGUGCAUUCGACAAAUUCGCAGCCUGGCCGCUGUCGAAGUCCAGCGUAUCUACCGAGGUUCCCGUCUUCGAGGCAUUCUCCGAGAAGAAAUGCACUGCCUUGUCUUGACCCUCCGUGAGGAGGACAUCGCGCAGGUGAACGGAGAACGCGACGCCUGUAGCGAGGGCCCCCGCGGCGGCCGACAGGGCGUGCGGAACGUCGAGCUGGUCGGAGCCUUCGGCGACCGACCGUGGGAAGAGCGUGUGUCGAUGCGGUUUUGCGGCGUACGGAGAUGCUACACGGCAGCACGUCCGUACACCGUGGGGCACCAUCUCUUCAAAUUUAUUGUCGACGGCAGCUACCGAUGCAGUGGGCAGUAUGCCCAAGUGGCGGACUCGGCCGGGAAUGUGAACAACUGCAUCGACGUUGCGGACCCCGUCCCUCCCGCUCUCUGUCUCGCUCCGCGGUUUCCGUGGCCACGCGCACGAGCUUUCCGGCGGACCGGGCGGAGCGCAGCGAGUGGGGGCGAUUCGCCGUUGGCGGAAGAUGCGCAAAACUGCGGUGGAUCCCCCAGCCGCUCCGACGGUUCGCAGACUGCCUCGGGUGCGCAGCGUCCUCCCCUGUCUUCCGCAGGGGCUUGGAGCCCAACUAGCGGCCGCUCUCCGAGCCCUCGCCAAGUCGACCCCUCAGCCAUCGGCCAAGCGGAUGUGGGAGACACCGCCGACGAAGGAGACAUCGAAGGUGCAAUCCCUUCUUGUCGCCUGUCAACGCUCGACAAAGAGAGCAGCAGUGGUCUCUCUCGUUUCCGCGGCUGUGAGGCCGAAGGUGAACCGGCAAGUGACACGUGUUUCGAGACGGUUCUCGAGACCGCCAGAGCUUCAAAGCCCUUUUGUUCGGGAAAUGUCCAGGAUGCACGCGUCACACGAGGUUCCCUGACUUGCCUCGCGAAGAAGCCUCUGAGUCACCGAACGCGACACAGACAGAGAGACCCAAGGAAACGAGAACUGAGUUUCGCCACAUGUCCAAGACGCAACCCUUCCGCCCACCCCGGAGAAACCGAGAGUCACCAACCACAGCAAAGCCGGCGAAGCCUCGUCACAGGCGCCUUGGUUUCCUUUCCGCCACUCUACGAGAGUGGAAAAGGAGGGUCAGUGCACCGCGAGUCAAGCGCGGAAGCGCCGCAGGUGCCGACGUUGUUGUCGCAUCCAGCUGUGUCGGCCCGAGUCGCGCCGUUGCCUGGAGAGGCGCGCGGGAGGCGACAAACGACGAGGCGUCUGGCUUUCGAGGGCCCCCGGUCGGCCCCCGUUGUUGCCUCUGGUCUUGAUGGAGGUGUUGCCUCGAGGACGCAGGGGAACGGAGCGGCACGCGAUCGCGACGAAUCGACAGGGGAAGCGCCGAACGGCGACGCAGGGAAGACGCACACAGCGAAAGGCUCGGUUCCGUGCGGAGGCAGUCCGUUGCUGCUGGAUGCCCUAGCCGCCAGCGAAAGGGACAGCCUCUCUUUGGAAGCAAAAUACGGGAGCGCAUGCACCGUUCGAGGGGAGUGUUGUCCUCCUGAACAGGACAGAGAAGAAAGCAUAAAAGGUGGAGUGUCAAGGGGAGCUAUCGACCGAGUAACUGCAAAGGCUGGCCGGGGGUCUGGAACAUCAGCGGAAGACACAGAAGGAUCAAACCUGCAAAAUGAAGCAACCCCGGGAGAAGCCGGAGGCGCUUGCGUCUGCUCUUCCUUCGACAGGGUUUCUUUUCGAACGGGUGUACCCAAAAAACACACGUCUCUGAGCGCUCCGUCCAUCUCACGACUGCGCGAGAAGGCUCUGCGGCAUAGGGAGCAAGUCUCAAGCGACUUACUCGUCCAGGGUAAAGAGCAGUUCGCCGACGCGGGUCUCUCAGCGGAAGUCGGUUCCCAGCCUGCAGGACCGGAGGGUGUUGGUGCCUCAAAACGCGGAGGGCGUCACCACCCGAAAAGGCCUGCCGACGUAUGCGCAGAUCUCGCCUUGUCGCUUGUGGAGGGAACCUGCGACCGGUCCCGGGGGAACCACGGGCCGAACCGCGAGGGGGGGACAGGCGCAGAAACGAGUGGAAAGGAGACGCUCCGCGGCCAGGAACAAGGCGCGACUGAACCGUUUGAGGUGGAGGAAGUGAAGCCGGUGCGCCGUCCGUGUGGGCGUCUGCCGCCACUUGCCUUUGAGAAACUGUUGUUCACGGCCGCUCUAAAGAUCCCGGAGAAGUGUAUCCACCCAGCGAUUUCUCACUCCAUACCGAUUGCAUGGCUUCGAGGGGUCCAAGAGGAGCCGACGAGGAAAGUUCUCUGCAGGGUGGCGGCGUUACGAGGGCCCACGCCUUCCGACAGCCCCCACCCUCGAGGCAUGCAAGAGCUCGGCGGAGGCCGGUGA